AUGGCCUUUAAGAACGGACUUAGUGAACGCCUCGAUGAGCUGCGAUUUCCCUCUCCGCGAUCCCCUACCUCAGAGUCACCGUUUCCCGGAUACAAUUCGAUCUCUCCAGGUCAUUCGAACCUCGCGUCGGCUUUUUCGCGGCCGUCGGGUGAUGUCCGUGCCAAUCUUCAGCGUCGUUUCACCACAGACUCCAGCAAGCUUUCGUCUUGGAGCUAUUUGAACCAUGCUGGAAAUGCGCCUCAUAUGCCAGAUCCCUUAGAUCUAUUGUCAUCGUUUGAAAAGAAGCGCCAGCACAUCGAGUAUAUGCGGGAGCAAAAGAGGAGGUUCGAAGAAGAUAUGAAGCUACUAGACAUGCAGCAUGAGAAAGAGAAGCUAGAGAUGGACCGAAUUGCAAAGGACCUUGCCAAAGCUGGCAUAUCUGGCCCUGUCAGUGAGCCUACGACCCCUCCUGAGUAUCGUGAAAACAGCUUCUCAAGUGGGUUCACACGACCCACUCGCUUCUCAACUUCAUCUGUCACCUCAUCCCCUGGUUUCUUCAAUGUAUUUGCCCCUUCUCAGGCAACAACUCCACAGGGCCAGGUGAAUCCCGCCUCUGCACAAACCCCUACCAAUCGCUUCUCGGUGCAUUCUGUUCCUGGUUCUCGCAGAAACUCCGAGAAAGAAGAUUUCAGUCAAGAGCCUACAUCCCCUUUUCGUCCUGGACCUGCUAUCCAUCGUUAUUCAAUGCCAUCUGCUGGUUUUGGAUCCCAGCUCCGCCCAAAUAUCUCUGGCUUUAAUAACGCCUCUGGGUUGGAGUCAUUUAACACCACUAAGUAUCUGUUCCAGAACGAGGACGAUAGAGCGACUUUGAGGGAGGAAGAUCGAAUUCCAACUCCUGAUAUCAAGAGUUAUCUUAAGUUGACAGACCCUGACGACAAGUUCCCUACAUUGUCACGCAGGGACGACUCGGGAUUGCUAUCUGCAAACUCAGAUGCCUUAGACCUGGCCAAUUCUCGCACUCCAAACCCCGAAACCUGGAACUCUCAUAGCCGGCAUCGCUCUUCUCAUCAAAGCAUGCCACAAAAUGCUCUAAACAUGUUCCGGCUUGAGCAGCUGGGAAGCCCGACUAGCGAGGGUCAUUCUAACACAUCUCGACACGCUGCUCGUCACUCGCUUGAGGCAAACCUUCUUUACAGUGCUGAGGGAAGCCACGAAGGUAUGACUGCAACCUCGUCAAACCGUCCAACUUCUCUGCAGUCAUCAUACUCUACCAAUGACCUCCCUACUGUAAAGGGCGAUGGAUUUAACCCUGCCAUCACACCACCAAAGACUCAUGCGGAACAUUUUCAGCAACACAAUGCCAACAUGGGCCGAAUUCCUGCAAAUGCUGUCAACACCCGCCAGCAGAAGGAUUCGCCAGACCGCGAUGACCCAAGCAUGCAGGGACCCCGGUCUCAGCAGACCACCCUACAGCCUAAUGCAACACCCUUUGGGCCGCAACUCACUUCGGCUGCCAGCACCAGCACUGCUGCUCCGGCUUCUUUGGCCACUUUCCAGCAGCCCUUUUAUGGUUACGGCGUCCAGCCUUACAUGGGGAAUCCCCUCCCGGUAAACGGACAACUUCAGAACUAUAAUCCUGGCGCUUCUUACGGCGCAUUUCCCGCCUACGGCAAUUACCGUCUAGCAGAGGGUCCAGCAAAGGCCAUGGGAUCUCGCCGCAGCAACGGCGAAGGAGAGUCCGCCCAGCUAUCUCGCUUCACUAAUUUUCCAUUGGAGCACUAUCGGGGUGAGCUGUAUGGCCUCUGUAAAGACCAGCACGGGUGCAGGUACUUGCAGCGGAAGCUAGAGGAGCGCAACCCGGAACACGUCCAGAUGAUCUUUGAUGAGACGCAUUUGCAUGUUGUGGAGCUAAUGACCGAUCCUUUUGGUAAUUAUCUUUGCCAGAAGUUACUUGAGUACUCCAAUGAUGAGCAGCGUACAGCGCUGAUCAACAACGCCGCGCACCAACUUGUGAAGAUCGCACUGAAUCAACACGGUACUAGGGCUUUACAGAAGAUGAUCGAGUUCAUAUCAACUUCUGAACAGACACAAACCGUGAUCCACGCUUUGGAAGAUCACGUUGUGGAGCUGGUUCAAGAUUUGAAUGGCAAUCAUGUCAUUCAGAAGUGCCUGAAUCGCCUCUCUGCAGAAGACGCCCAGUUCAUCUAUGAUGCUGUGGGUGCUAAUUGUGUUGUGGUCGGCACUCACCGCCAUGGAUGUUGCGUUCUUCAGCGCUGCAUUGAUCACGCUUCUGGUGAACAGAGGGCUCGCCUAAUCGCCCAGAUCACUUCCAACGCGUUUGCCUUGGUUCAGGACCCUUUUGGAAACUACGUGGUGCAGUACAUUUUGGAUCUGGCCGAGCCCCAUUUCACCGAACCCCUUUGUCAGACGUUCCGUGGAAAUAUUCCCGCCUUGUCAAAGCAGAAAUUUAGCUCCAACGUUAUCGAAAAAUGUCUCCGCACCGCCGACGGCCCGGUCCGAGGCCAACUCAUCGAGGAGAUGCUCUCAGGCUGUGAGCUGGAGAAAAUGCUCCGAGAUUCCUUCGCUAACUAUGUUGUGCAAACUGCCAUGGACUUCGCGGACAGUGAGACCCGAACCCGCCUGGUCGAUGCGAUUAGACCAAUCUUGCCUUCAAUUCGUCAAACACCUCACGGUCGUCGCAUCGCUGGCAAGAUGAUGGCAGCAGAGGGCUCCGGGAGGGGAAGUGCUACAACUAGCGGACAAGUCACUCCGAACGAGAUGAAUUCGGCUCAGCUUCCUGGACCUUUGCAAGGUAACCAGAAGCCUUUCUUGUAUCAACAUCCCUCUUUUCCCAUAGGUGGUGCCCAAUUUGGUGUUGGCUCUUCAACCAAUGCUUCGUCUGGGGGCCCAAACGAAAACCCCUCUGGGAUUUUCACUACUCCAGUCCAGCACUCGAACGGCAGUCUAGGUGCUCAAGGUCAGCUGUAUGCAUACUUUUAA